AUGGCAGGCUUCAAGCAGUACUCGUCUCCAAAUUAUUGCGUUUUCAUAGUAGCUUCCUUGACCUUCGCCGCGACCGGGUGUCUCGCACAUCAUCGGCCUCCAUCGGCCGUCAAAGCAGCCUAUUACCCUUCGUGGACUACCAGUUUCCCAGCUUCAGCCAUAAAUACAUCUUUGUUCACUCACAUCUUCUAUGCUUUUCUAGCUCCAAGCAACCUGACCUUCAAGUUGGAAAUAUCGAAUUCAACGUCAAUUUCCCUUGGGAAUUUCACGAGCACACUCCGCUACGCUGAUCCCCCGGUGAAGGCGCUCUUCUCUGUCGGCGGGGAGGGCAGCGGAGACCAUUUUGUGAGCAUGGCGUCGGAAGCCUCCUCACGUAGAAUUUUCAUAAAAUCUUCUAUAGAAGUUGCACGUAAGUAUGUAUUUGAUGGGGUGGACCUUGAUUGGGAAUUUCCAUUAAGCCCAAACGAAAUGAAGCUCUUAGGCCGGUUGAUGAAAGAAUUCAGGAACGAGAUCAAGAAGGAGGCCCAUCUCACGUCUCGGCCUGCAUUGCUGCUCACAGCAGCAGUGUACUUCUCUUCCGACUCCUUCUUGUCUGGUGUCCCCCGCUCGUAUCCAGCGGCGUUGAUGGCGAAAAGCUUGGACUGGAUCAAUGCCAUGUGUUAUGACUACAAUGGGGCCUGGAGUAAUAUUACCGGGCCCAAUGCCGGGUUGUUUGACCCCAGUAGUAACGUCAACACUGUAUACGGGCUCAAAUCAUGGAUCAGGGCUGGGAUGCCGUUGGAGAAAAUUGUCAUGGGCCUGCCACUCUAUGGCAGGACGUGGCAUUUAAAAGACCCGAAUGUGAACCGAAUUGGGGCAAUGGCGGUCAGCCCAGGCCCAGGAAAUGGGAUGCUCAGUUUUUUUGAAGUGGACAAUUUGGUGAAAGAGAAUGGUGCAAAGGUGGUAUACGAUGUGGACACUGUCUCUGUAUAUACAGUUGUCAAUUGGUCAUGGGUUGCGUUUGAUGAUGCUCUAACAAUAACUACAAAGAUUGGGUUUGCUCAGGCCCUUGGGCUUCGUGGAUACUUCUUUUGGGCCUUGAGUUUCGACAAAGAGUGUGUAAUCUCAACACAAGAGCCAUCUCCGAACGGAGCUGGUCUUCGAAAAUGCUUAAGGGCAUACACCCUUUUAGGACCCCAUUUCAAUCUGCUCCCAUGGAAUACAUUUCCCUCUUGCUUGAGGGCAAUUCAGUCUUCGAAAAUGCUCAUUGAACAAUGUUCCUCAAGGUCAUGGAUUCUUGACAAGUGA